AUGGUGUACAAGUGGUUUUUAUUUUUUUUAUUAUUAUUAAAAUGUAACGCUAAUAAAAUUAAUAAUAAUAAUAAUAAUAAUAAUAAUAAUAAUAAUGUAUUGUUAAUUUUGGUUGAUGAUUUGCGUCCUGCAUUGGGUUGUUAUGGAGAUUUAAAUGCUUACACGCCAAAUAUUGAUAAAUUAGCUGAAAAAAGUGUUGUAUUUACUCGAGCUUAUGCACAGCAAGCGCUGUGUGCUCCAAGUAGAAAUUCACUUUUGACAAGCCGACGACCUGACACUCUUCAUCUUUAUGACUUCUACAGUUACUGGAGAGAUAAUAAUAAAAACAACUACACAACUCUUCCGCAGUAUUUAAAAGAAAAUGCUGGAUACGCCACUAAAUCUAUUGGAAAAGUAUUCCACCCUGGUAUUAGCUCGAAUUAUUCAGAUGACAGUCCUUACUCCUGGACAGAUGUUCCUUUUCAUCCAGUUACUGAUAAAUAUAAAAAUACUCGAGUUUGUUUUAAUAAUAAUGCCAGUGAAUUAGCCCGCAAUCUUGUAUGUCCUGUUAAUGUCACAUCAAUGCCUCGUUUUACUCUUCCAGAUUUAGAAAAUCUAAAUGCUGCAAAACAAUAUCUGUCUAACUAUUCUAAAUUAAAGCCAUUUUUUUUAGCUGUUGGCUUUGAAAAACCCCACAUUCCCCUUAAAUACCCCGAAGAAUAUUUAAAAUUUCACCCACUCAGUAAAUUUAAAUUAAAAAAUUAUUACUGGCCGGAAAACAUCACAAGCCUUGGUUAUAAUCCAUGGAUUGAUUUGCGACAACGGGAUGACAUAAUAAAUCUUGAUUUAAAAUUUCCCUGGGAGAAAAUUCCUGAAAAGUUUGCUGUUAAAAUAAUUCAGUCUUAUUACGCAGCAGUGUCUUACAUUGACAGUUUAAUCGGUGAAUUAUUAAAAAAAUUAAUUGAAUUAAAGCUUGAUAAAAGUACAACAGUGAUACUGACCUCUGAUCACGGCUGGUCACUCGGCGAGCACAGUCUCUGGGCAAAGUACAGUAAUUUUGACGUUGCUGUUCGAGUUCCUUUGAUUGUUUCAAUUCCAAAAAAAACUAAAUCUCAAGUUUACGUUAAAUCAAUUGUUGAACUGGUGGAUUUAUUCCCGACGAUUGCUGAAUUAAUUAAAUUACCUAUUGAUUCAAUAUCCACGACCAGGAUUGACUCCAACAUGGAAACCAAACAGUGA